GGGGUAGUGUCAUUCUUUUUUGCGUCACUCGUGCUAAUGCCUGACAUAGCUGUGGCCUCUCAAUACAAGUUUGUUCAAUUUGAUUGGAUUUUUUAAGUCAUCCAAAUUGUCGAUAAACACAGCCAAUUCCCUCUUAAAUGCAGACAAAAGAGGAGAAGAAGAAGAAAAGAGAGAAAAAGAAGAAGAAGAAAAAAAAAAAGAAAGCAAGCAAGCUCCGCGCUGAGGGUUCUGGGCACUGUAGUUCGAGGGCCCCGGCUGCGCAGGCGCACUGGCUGGCCUGGAGGCCGGCCCCGCCAAGCCGGCGCCAUUGCUGGAAGCGUUCCCGCCCUGCUCUGCGAGUGCCCUCAGUUGUCCUCAGUUCGGCAGCCAGAUAUGCCUUUGUAGGACUCCACUCUUGCCAGAGAGGGGAACCCAGAGGAAGAGAUUAUGGCUGCUGUGGUUUUUUCAGUUGGACCUCUGAGUUGGAGACCAAGCCUGCAACCAAGAACACUGUAUCAACAGAGGAUAUUUCUGAAGAUGCAUCACAAGAGACCAUAAUAGAUAAACUCACAGAGAAUGGCCUGUGGAACUCCAAAAUGGGAGGAUUAUGGAAAUGGAAUGAAAGGAUAUUGAGAUUGCAAAAUAGUCAGGAAAAUGAUUUUAACCAAAAAAUAGUUACUCACAAGAAAAUUCCCUCUUGUCAAAGAGGCUUUAGAUUUGGAUCUAUUCUUUUUCCUGAAGCAGGAGUUACCACAGAAGAACACCACAGCAAAUGCCAAACACAUGAAAAUUUCACUGAGAAUUUAGAUUCGAUUACAGAUAUCCAUCUGGGGAAGAAAAUUUGCAAGGAUACAGAAGGCAGCAAAGCCAUAAGGCCUACUUCAGAACUUACUGUAGGGAAAAAAUACAAUAAUAAAGAAAAACCCUAUAAAUGUAGUACAUGUGAAAAGUCCUUUCGUUAUAGGUCACUACUCAUUCAACAUCAGAGAACUCACACUAAAGAAAAACCUUAUGAAUGUAAUGAAUGUGGGAAGAUGUUCAGCCAGCCUUCAUAUCUCAGUCAACAUAAAAAAAUUCACACUGGAGAAAAACCCUAUAAAUGUAAUGAAUGUGGGAAGGCCUUCAUUGCCUCUUCAUCACUUAUGGUACAUCAGAGAAUUCAUACUAAGGAGAAACCUUAUCAGUGCAAUGUCUGUGGAAAAUCUUUUAGCCAGUGUGCUCGCCUCAAUCAACACCAGAGAAUUCAAAGCGGAGAGAAACCCUAUAAAUGUAGUGAAUGUGGGAAAGCUUUCAGUGAUAAAUCAAAACUUGCAAGACAUCAGGAAACUCACAAUGGAGAGAAACCCUACAAAUGUAAUGACUGUGGGAAAGCCUUUAGGAAUAAGUCAUAUCUUAGUGUACAUCAGAAGACCCACACUGAAGAGAAACCAUACAAAUGCAAUGAGUGUGGGAAAUCUUUCAAGAAUACCACAAUUUUUAAUGUCCAUCAGAGAAUUCAUACCGGAGAGAAACCCUUUAGAUGUAAUGAAUGUGGAAAAGCUUACAGAAGCAAUUCAAGCCUUAUUGUACAUAUAAGAACUCAUACUGGGGAGAAACCCUAUGAAUGUAAUGAAUGUGGGAAAGCAUUCAAUCGUAUAGCAAAUUUCACAGAACAUCAAAGAAUUCACACAGGAGAAAAACCCUAUAAAUGCAAUGAAUGUGGAAAAGCAUUCAUUAAUUAUUCAUGCCUUACUGUACACCACAGAAUGCAUACAGGAGAGAAACCUUAUAAAUGUAAUGAAUGUGGAAAGGCCUUCAUGCGUUCUUCUUCCCUAAUUGUACAUCAGCGAAUUCAUACUGAAGAGAAACCUUAUCUCUGUAAUGAAUGUGGAGAGUCUUUCAGAAUAAAAUCACACUUAACUGUACAUCAGAGAAUUCAUACCGGAGAGAAACCAUAUAAAUGUACUGACUGUGAGAGGGCAUUUACCAAAAUGGUAAAUCUCAAAGAGCACCAGAAAAUUCAUACUGGAGUGAAACCUUAUAAAUGCUAUGAUUGUGAAAAAUCUUUCAGGACUAAGUCAUACCUUAUUGUACAUCAAAGGACACAUACCGGAGAAAAACCCUAUAAGUGUAAUGAAUGUGAGAAAGCUUUCACUAAUACAUCACAACUUACCGUACAUCAAAGAAGGCAUACUGGAGAAAAACCCUAUAAAUGUAACGAGUGUGGGAAGGUUUUCACAAGUAACUCAGGCUUUAAUACCCAUCAGAGAACACAUACUGGAGAGAAACCGUUUAAGUGUAACGACUGUGGGAAAGCAUUUAGCCAGAUGGUACAUGUCACAGAACAUCAGAAAAUCCACAGUGGAGAGAAACCCUAUAAAUGCGAUGUUUGUGGAAAAGCCUUCAGGAGGGGUUCAUACCUUACAGUGCAUUGGAGAACACAUACUGGAGAAAAACCCUAUACAUGUAAGGAAUGUGGGAAAGGUUGUAUUACUCUAUCGCAGCUAACUCUCCAUCAGAGAAUUCAUACUGGGGAAAGGCCCUAUAAAUGUGAAGAAUGUGGAAAAGCCUUCAGAACCAACUCAGACUUUACUGUACAUCUGAGGAUGCAUACUGGAGAAAAACCCUAUAAAUGUAAUGAAUGUGGAAAAGCCUUUAGGAGUAGCUCAAGCCUUACUGUACAUCAAAGAAUACAUCAAAGAGAAACUCAGCUAAUAUAAAGUUUAAUAAAUCAUUCAUCCAGAUGCCAACUCCACAAAAGAAUCAUAAACUGUGUCUUUUAUGAAUGUGAGAAAACUUCCAGGAGCAAUUCGCCAGAAAAUACACAGUGGCUCAGUUGGUUAAGCAUCUGCCUUCAGCUCAGGUCAUAAUUCCAGGGUCCUGGGAUUGAGCCCCACAUCAGGUGAGCAGGGAGCCCAAUUCUCCCUCUGCCCCUCCCCCUGCUCGUGCUUUCUCAUGCUCUCUUUCAAAUAAAUAAAAUCUUUUAAAAAACAGAGAGAUACUUUAGAAACAUAAGAAUGUAGUAAAGCAUACGUCAUAUUAAAUCUUAGAAGUUCUAAGAAAAUUCACAAUAGUGAAAAAUGAUGGGCAAAUGAAAGUAUUCAUCCAGAUUUCAUACUUUAUUCACUUAACAAAUCAUCUUCAAUGAAUUGCCUAUAUUUUUUUGCCUAUUUUUCUAUUGGUUUGUCUUUCUUAUAAAUCUGGAGGUGCUCUUUAUAUAUUUGAAAUAUUAAUUGUUUUUCAUGUGUGUUGCAAAUUUUUUUAUCUGGUGAUUGUCUUUAUGCUUUUUUCUAUAGUAAAAGAAGUUAACAUUUUAAUUUUUCAUAGUAAGAUAUUUAUAUAUUUUCCUUUUUGGAUUGUUAAUUUACUCUCUUAGUUAAAAUGAUCUCCUUAAUCCCUAGGUUUAUACAAUGGUCUCCUAAAUUUGUUUUUAAGAUUUUGAUUAUUUUUUACAUUAAAGUCUUUAAUCCAUCUGGACUAGAUGGCUAGUCAUAGAAAAGUAAAUGGCCAUUAAUCUCUGAAAGUGUUAUGAACCUAAGAAGUACUCAGGGAAAUGCAAAUUAAAACAACCGAUGAGAUGUCACUUCCACUUUGUGGCGUUGGCAAAAAUUAAGAGAUCUUUUGCUAGUAGGUUUUGGGAAACCAUCUGCUCUUACAAAAAGGUUAUAUCAACUUAUAUUUCCACCAGCAAUUCAGCAAUAUAUAUUUAAAUGUUUUUAAAUAAAAUUUUAAAAUAAAAAUACUUUGACCCAGCAGUCUCACUUUGGUAAUCUGCCCCCGCAAAAAUAACAUCAUCAAUGCAUAAAAAUAUAAAUAAGGAGUUUUGUUGAAGCAUUGUUUGUAGAGGCAAAGUAGAAAACCACGUGGAGACAAAGUGAGUGCCCAUUAAUGGGGGAAUGGUUCAAUAAAUUGUGAUAUAGCCAUUGUAUGGAACAGCAUGAGAGUGAUUUUUUAAAUAGUUGUUAUCUACACUAGUUGAUCUCAACGUAUUUCCACAACUUUUAAUAACUAAUUGCUUUGUAACAGAGCUUUAUGUGUACAGGAUUUCAUUUGUUAAUGAUCACACCCAUUUAUGUAUAUAUGUGUGUAUAUGAUGAGCAUGGAAACAAGUAUAUAUACCAGAAGAAUAUAUACCAGGCUGUUGUUACUGGUUCCCUUGAAGAGAGGGAGAAGAGAAAUAGGGAGAUAAGUGGGGGAGAGGACUGGAAUUUUUUUUUUAAUGUAAGUGCAGCAUGUAUGGUAUAAAACUCAAUGUAAAACUAUUUGUGUGAACUUUUGAGAACCGUGAAUGAAAGGAUGGACUCCAAAAAGUUGAUGAUUGUUUUCGAGUUGGUGGAGUAUCCAGUAUUUUUUGUCUGACUUCUGCACUUUUCUGUAUUUCAUAAGUUUUUCUUUCCAAUGAGCAUAUAAUAUUUACAUAAACAGGAAAAACCUAUUUUAUUUGUGGAGAUAAUUUACUGGACAUCUGUUAUGUACCAAGAAUUACCCUAAUACAUUGGCAGGGUACAGGCAGUCAUGGAUCUAAUUGGUUCUGAUGCAGCCUAGAUUCCAAAGAAGUUACCCAGCACCUCCUUCCCCGUAUUCUCUUGGUUUCAUUUGGAGGAGGUAGUAAUUUGAGACAAAAAAACAUACCCAAAAGUAUCUGGAACUUGCGUCCAGCUAUAGACCAGAAGUCUGCAAGCCUCAAGAGAAGUUCUGUCUUCAACAUGGCACUGAAGAAAAGGUCACAAUGGUGAAAAGUUCCAUGUACAACCUCACAGAACAUUGCAUGAUGACUUAUAGAGAGGGGAAAGAGCCAAAGAUACCUAAGUCCAUAAGUGAAGUCUUGGAAGUUCUGGUGAUUCUAAGACUCCUGGAAUAAAAAUGAGAACCUAGAGGCUGCAGCCCUGAUACCAGAAGACCCUAACAGACCAUGGACCUGAUACCCAAAAAGGACAAGACAUGAGCUAUGCUUCAGUGAGGCUGAAGAAAAGAGAAUCCAAUACCCCUCCCACAAUGUUAGAAUAUGUAUCUAUUUAAUAUUGGAAAGGGGAUAUUGGACAAAUGAUAUGAGCUCCCUCCCACUACAAGUGAAUAAUUUGACGCCGUUUAAAAUGGCCAUUUCUGGUUGAAUUUCAGUAGUGGAACUUAAGACCUGUUACCAAGAGACACACCUCCUUUGGAUGUAAUAUACCAGUUUCUGAUUGGAAAGUUUGAGAGUUAAAUCCUGAAAUACUACCCUUAAAAACCCUGCUGUUAAAGAGUGGACACUCCUUGAUGUCUACUCUGUUAGCUGCUCCUUUCUACCUCCUAACCCUCACCACACGUGAAAGCCUCUUCCCUGCCUUAGAGCCAAGCCUUUAAGAAAAGCAUGGUCAGCAGGUUGAAAUGACAUAAGUGAAGAGCGUCUGCAGGGUUAGGGGAUGGCGAUGACACCGGCCACCUUUACUAGAGCAAUGUCAAUGGCGAGGAAAGGCGGCAAAGCCUGGUUCUAGCGUGUGGCAGCAUCUCAUUAUAGGUUUAAUUUGUAUUUCCUUUGUGGCUACUGUUAAUGGAAUCUCCUUUUAGGUGCUCAUUGGCUUUUUGAAUAUCCUCUUUUGAGAAGUGCCUUUUCAAGACUUUUGCCCAUGUUUUUUAAUUGGGAACUCUUUGUUCAUUUGUAGGAUUCUUUCUGUAUUCUGGGUGCAAGGUACUUUUUAGAUACUUGUGUUACAAACAUCAGCUCUCCAUCUCCAGCUUGCCUUGAUGUCCUCUGAUGAAUAGAAGCCUUUAAUUUUAAUGAACAGCUAAUCAAUCUUUUAUGAUUAGUGUUUUUUGUGCCCAGUUUAAGAAAUGUUUCCCUGAUCCAAAGUCAUAAAAAUAUCUUCCUACAUUCUCUUCUGCAUGUCCACUGUUUUACUUUUCACUUUUAGGUCUGCAAUCCAUCUGAAAUUAAUUUUUAUGUGUGGUGUGAGGUAGAGGUCAAAUUAAUAUUUUCCAUAUGAAUAUACAAUUUAUUCAACAUUUAAUUGAAAAGACCACCUUCUCCCCUUCCCCUUGUGUUGCAGUGGUAUUCUUAUGAUAAAUCAGAUGAUCAUAUAUGGGGGUCUAUUUCUAAAUUAUUCUGUUACUCCAUUGAACAUCAAAUGUUCUUAGGGUAAACAGAUUUAGAGUAACUCUUGACAUCUGGUGGUAUAUGUCUUCUAAUUUUGCUCUUUUUCAAAAUUGUCACUGCAAUUCUAGGUCCUUGGCAUUUUCAUAUACAUCUUUGAAUGAUGUUUUUUCAAUUGUUUCACACCAAAAAGUUGAGAUUUUAAUGGGCAUUACAUCAAAUAUAUAAUUUUGGAAGAAUGGACACUUUAACAAUAUUGAGACAUCCAGUCUAUGGGCAUGCUACACAUUUUCAUUUAUACACAUCUUUUAAUCAGCAAUUUUUGUAUUUUUUCAACGUAGAAAUUUUGAACAUUUUUAUUUAGUCCUAUGUAUUUAAUGUUUUGAUGUUGUAAAUGCUAUUAUCUUGAUUUAGUUUACAGAUUUCUGCCAAUAUAUAUCAAAUAUAUACGGUUGAUCCUUGAGAAACAUAGUUUUGAACUGUGCAGGUCCACUUACACACGUUUUUGUUUUCAAUAAAUAUAUGGGAAAAUGUUUUGAAGAUUUUUGACAAUUUGAAAAACUGACAGAUGAACCAUGUAGGCUAGAAAUAUUGCAAAGUUAAGCAAAGUAUAUCAUGAAUGCACAAAAUACAUGAUGAAAAUAGUCUCUUUUAUCACUACUGUAAAAUAUACACAAAUCUAUUAUACAAAGUUAAAAUUUAUCAAAACUUACACACACAAGCAGACCAUACAUGACACCAUUUGCACUUGAGACAAAUGUAAAGGAAAAGAUGCAGCAGUAAAUGAUCACUGUAUAUUAACUGUAGUACGUCCUGUACUCCUGUAAUAAUUUUGUAGCCACCUGCUGCUACUGUCUUAAGUUCAAGUGUUGUAGCCACUUAACAUGCUGUGUGACAGUGAUGACACUAAUGGUCACUGAGAAGUUCAUCUCCGAUACAUUGUAUAUUACAGUAAAAAGUCAUCUCUCACAGUUCGUGUAUUUUUCAUCAUGUUUAGUGAAAUACUGUAAACCUCAAAUAACACCAUGGGACCCAUAUGAAGUACCACUAAUGAUGCUGGAAGUGCUCCCUAAAAGCAGAGAAGUCAUGACGUUAUAAGAAAAAGUUGAAUUGCUUGAAAUGUACCAUAGACUGAAGUCUGCAGCUGCAGUUGCUUGCCAUUUCAAGAUAAAUGAGUCCAGUAUAAGGAUCACUG